ACCCGUGUUUAAUAUUAACACAAGUUCGGUCGAAGGUCAGGAUUUCUUUAGAGCCAGUGAAGUCGUGUGAUUCCCGUUAUUUCUCGAACCAUGAACGCUGAAGAUGCUCUGAAACUCAUCAAAUUCGGUUCGACAGUGGCCACUGGUGUUAUAGCAGGCGGAGCAAUUUACAUCAACCUUGCUGAACACCCCGCAAGAAUGGAACUCGACGAUGUUCAAUCUCUCCAUCGACAAUGGAGGGAAAGCUUCGAUCGUGCCAAGUACUUGAUGGCUGGGACAUCCCUGUUGCCACUGGUUGGCGGAAUAGCGGCGUUUGCUAUCAAUCAGAGUAAAGGAAAACCUUGGCUGCUUACAGCUGGGCUUAUGGCGUUCAAUGCACCCUACACGGCCAUUGCUAUGAAGCCUCGUGUUAUUGAUCCAAUCUAUGAUUACGAAGUGGCUGGCAAGAUGGAUCCAGGCGUAGUUAGAGACACGGUGGAUAACUGGAACACUUUUCACAAGGUCCGUACGGUGAUAGAUCUGAGUGCGUUUGCCUGGUGUGUGUACAACCUCAUCUACAACUGAAAGGUUUAUUAAAAUGUUUAUUGCGCUUGUUGCCGGCCGUCACUGACUGUAUUUGGGACUUUGUUUAUGGUUUGAUUCUAGCACUGGACAUACCGGCUUAUUUUCAUGGGGAAGAAUUUUUUUCAUUCGUUUUUUUUUUUAUAACCUAGAUCUGAGCUGUGUAAACUUGAAGUUGUUAAUGGUGAUUUGGUAAUAUUUGGGAUCUAUAAAUUGUACAUCAUAUUUGCUUGGGGGCUUGUACAAAACUGUAUUGUACAAUAAUAAAAGUUUCAGACACACAA